AUGGAAGAUUUAUUUGGUAAAUUACCAAAUACUAUUAUAUAUCAAUGUUUACAUUAUAUUAAAGAGGAUGUUGAUCUUAUUAUUAUGGAGUUUGGUUGUUUCAAAAACAGAUGGAUGGCCUUUUCAAUUCAAACAAUACAACCCGAUAGCUUUGCCAAUCGUCUAUGUCUCUCAACUCAACCACCAUGUCAACAAGGAGGAUUAUUAUUAUGUCGGCAGGACAGAAGGAGGUUACAAAGACUCUUGUACAAAUUUGAAACUACGAUCAUUCCAACAAUACCAAAACGAUGUCUUUUCGGUGACUCAACACAUUGUACUUCAUAUGAUGAAGAUGGUGAUGAGUUUCAACAAUACAUUCCAAACUUGCCAACAGAGAUUAAACAUGUCAAAGCAAUCAAUCAUUGCACUAAAGAUUUGGAUUGGUCAUCUUUGUAUUGGUUAGAGUCACUCCACCUGGUUGGAAUGUUUGACAUAAAGACGGUACUACCAGGACAUAUCAAGAAACUAGUGACAGCCUGUCUACCACAAGAGUUGGUUGAGCUGCCCGACUCGUUGGUUGACUUGGUUGUUUCAGAUCCCUUGGGGUUGUUAAACACAUGUCAAAAUAAUAUUCUUGCAAUAGGGUAUAUUCCAGAAUCAGUGCAGCAUCUAACAUUGAUUUUCAAUGCACUCGGUAUUGAUGAAAUGGAUGAUGGGAUCAUUCCAUCGAGUAACCUCAAAGAAUUGACAAUUGCAAACUAUAAACAUGUCAUCAUCGCCAAUAAUGGUUUAUCAUCAUCGUCAUCGUUCCCAUCACUCUUACGGUUAGAUGCACCUGUACACUGUGUCGGUCGAAAAGGUCUUCCACCUAAACUAGAACAACUCUACUUGCAUUUGAAUGAUCAGAAUCCCAAUCCAUUACAGUUUACAUAUCAGUCAUCAACACUACAACACAUUUCAUUUUCCAAUUACCCAUCAUCUUGGCCUCUUUUCGGGUCGACUACUCCACCUCCAGACUCUCUCACAUCACUCGAAUUUCAAACAACCAAUGCAUAUGUACUACUUGAUGUUUCAUGUCUAUUUUCAACAAAAACAAUUCCACCUUUGCUUUCAACCAUUACAUUUACUAAACAAACACCCAAAAAUACUCUUGUACGAGAUACUAGUUCUGGGUUUACUAUAGUGUUGGAUGACACACUCAUUCAAUCUAAAGUUGAAACAAUCAAUGCCAUUACUUUGCAAUUUAAAAUCAAAAGAUUGGAUAACCACCAAGUAUUGGUGAUUGAAACGUCUAGGUUGUAUGGUGGAAUUAUUGAUUUUAAAGAUCGAUCAAAAGUCUACCAUAUUCAUUGUCAUGAUGAUUCUGAAAUACCAAAUCUAAGAGAAAUUAAAACUACCUCUUGA